AAAGGAAUAAAGAGUAGAGGGAAGUAACGGAUUUACGAUUAAGCCAAACUAACUUCCUUCUCUUGGUUUAUAUGUAAAAGUGCACACUAGUAUUUUCACCUUUAUCCCUUUUGGGAUUUACUCAGACUUCUUAGUAGUAAUCCCAUUUCUUCUAAUCCAGCCCUCCUUCUCCCCCUUCUCCUCCUCCUCCUCCAUCACACCACCCAACAUGCUCUCUCACACACUAAUACACACAUGUAGCCUACAUUCGCUCAUUUAGACCAGCAGCCAUUCAUGUUGUUGGACUACUGCUGUCGUUGUUGUGGAUUCACACUCAUAAAACGCCAUGGACCCUUAUCCCUCAAGACUACACCCAGUGAUACCUGGGUCGUCCUCCAGAAUCUGUUGAUGUGCAUGAUCUGCUUCUACUCUCUCUACUACAUUGUGGUCAGCGUUUGCAUCGGACUGCUCAGGGUUCAUGAGAUCAACAGUUUGUUGACGCCAUUUGACUACACAACACAACCAUCAUGGCAGAACCCCAAAUACCUUGUUGGUGUGAUUUCCACAGAAGUGACUUAUAUUUUGGGAGGGCUGAUAUUCGCCUGGAUUGUAGAGGAGUGGGUUUGGGAUUACGCCAUUACAGUCACACUGCUGCAUGUCGCCAUGACUGUAGCAGUGAUGUCAGAUUUCCCGUCAGCUGAGCACUGGUGGAUGGCUCUGGGUUCAGGCCUUGUGAUGAUGAUAUUUGGAGGACAACUCUUGGCCUAUAAACUCUUCAGAAGCAACUUUGUCUACCCGGCUGAACUGCAGAACUUUUAAUGAACACAACAAAGAAAGCUUUUAACUGGCUUAAACCUCAAAUCCAGAUACAUCCCAGUGGAUUAACGUUGCAAAAUAUUACUGCUAGGUCAUGUUAACACGGGUAUGACACAGCAUAUCUAUCAAGAUUUAUUUUUCCUCUGAAGCAACCACAAGACACACUUUGUCUACUAGAUAACUUUGUAAAAUAACUAAUAGUCUGAUCCCUCCUUGUACAAAUGGCCCAACUUUGUUUAUUGAACAACCGUGUUUUUUUUAACAUAUUCUGUACAGUUAAAUAUUGUUUUGUAUUGUUUCUUGGCACAUUACUCAUACUGUAAGCUAAAUGUAGGAAGAGAUGACACCUGUAGCAUUCUGUAAAAUACUACUAACAUAAAACAAAUCUAAUGACUGAUAUUUCUUCAUCGGUGAGUUAAAUCAUCUAUUUUUCAUUUGUAAUGUCAGGGUAAUAUUUUGAAUGUGUCACAUACUUUUGUAGAGUUUAUAGUGUAGUGGUCUGACAGAGAAAAUCAUAACCUUUUCAGACAGCAAGUAGAAGUCUGAAAUCUGUGCUACAUUAGGUCAGAAAAUCAUUUCCUCCGAAGAGUCUAAACCUUCAAAGCUGAUCUCCUCAUCCUCAUACUGGAUUCAAUCUGUAGGUGCUAUAUGAGAUGAUCAGAUCUACAACACAAAUGCAUAAUGAUUUUAACUCUGGUUGUAUAUAUUAUAUAAAAACUUGAUUCACAUUAAA